AUGAAAGCAUUUCAUGGGUUUGUUUGUAGAUCAAAUAAGAUGAGUUCAUGUUUUCCCCGAAAGGACGAUAAUAAUUUGAAGAAUGAUGCAAUGUUACUGAAACAGUUGAUUGCCACUUUUAAUGGCAAAUGUAAUCCUAUUCGUAGUUUUUCCGAGAAAGAGCUCAGGAAAGCAACAAUUAAUUAUGACAAUCAGAGAUUAAUUAUAACAAAUAAAAUUUUCUAUAAGUUGUACAAUGGUUUUCUACAAGACCGUCAGAUUUUUGUUAUGAAGUUUGAACCCAUUAUCUUCCAGGAAAAAGAAGAAAUAAUCCAAAAGGGCAUCAAUAACAUUGUAUUUGCAACACAAAUGAAGCAUAAGAAUUUUCUGAAGUUGAUCGGAUGUUGUUUAGAAACUCAAUUUCCCAUUCUAGUUUUUGAUUUCGUUGGAUGUACGACACUUGCUGAUCGUAUUUUGAGUCAUUCUCAACCUCGUCUUGGACCUUUAUUAUUGAAACUCAGGUUAAAGAUUGCAAUGGAGAUAGCUCAUGCAGUUGCAUAUCUUCACCUUGGAUUCCCUAGACCUAUUGUUUUUGGAAGUCUCGCACCAUGGAACAUCUUUCUUGAUGAGGAGUAUGCUGUAAAACUAUUUGAUUUUUCAGUAUCUGAGUUUAUUCCAGAGGGUAAAACUCACUUGGAAGUUCAUUUAACGAAAAAAGUAUGGUAUGAAUAUGUUCCACCCGACCUUUUACUUGCAAUAGCUCCCAAUAGGAAGUUUAAUUGCAAUGAGAAGGUUGAUGUCUAUUGCUUUGGCGAAUUGUUGUUUAUGCUUUUGAGUGGAUUGAGCUUAAAAAAGUUUCUCAAGAAUAAAGGUUUUCAGAUGGAAGAUAUUGGACCUAAUAAUCUAAAUGAGAUAAUAGAUCCGGUGAUUGUUGGAGAGGGAAUAUGUUCGAUAAAAGAACAACAAUUGCUAGCUCUUGUAAGGCUUGUGUCGGAAUGUCUCUGUCUUGAACCAGAAGAUAUGCCAAAUAUGAUAGAUGUGACAAAGCAACUCAGAAAAAUGUACAAGUCUAGUUAG